UACUCUGUGAAAAUGAUUAAGUCGCAAUUUGUUUAUUAUAUUUCUGCAUAGACGACCUAUUGUUUAAAAAAAAUGAAUUCAGUUUUAUAUUAAGGGGUGGUCUGUUUGUGUUGUCAAAAUUUAUUUAUCCAAAAAUUAUCGGUUUUAAAAUAAAAAAAUGAUCGUAAAAAUUUUCAAAGUGGCUGAAGCAAAUACAGAAAACGAACUAGUGUCCACUUUGCCAAUUGGAAAACAUGUUGUCGGUAGGGACACUUUACAGUGUUCAGGUGAUAAAACAAUCUCCAGGAAGCAUCUUUUAUUUGAUGUUACACAAGACUGUGCUAAGGUCACAUGUACCCAUGUAAAUCCUUGCUACGUGACAUCUCUGGAAAAUACAAUAUGCUUAAUUAAAGGCGAAGUUACCCAAUUAAACGACAAUGAUAAAUUCAGUCUGUCCAAUGGUACUGUCUGGUACAAGGUGAAUUUUUGUGCAGAUAAAAAUAGUGAUUUAAGAAAGAGGUGUUGUGAGACAGACACCAAUAUAUCUCCCAAAAAACUUAAGACUGAAGAAAUUGAAAUAAAAUGUGAACCCACAAUUGACGAAGUAAACUUAAAUGGAAAUGUGGUACAAUCAGAAGACAGAAAACAUGAGCUUAAAACAUUAAAUGAUAUUUUUGGAUCCAAAUCUGAAGGCGACAGUUCAACUGAAAUGAAAACCUGUAAUUCAGGUCCUCCAAGUACAGUUUAUAUGAUCCCUUCAGAAACUACUGCAACCACUGUCAAACCUGAGACAAUUAUUUCAAUCUCAUCUGAAACUGAUACAUCAAAUUCUGUAAUAGUCAAAGAAACAGCAAGUGCUGAAACAGGAGAUGUCAGUAAGCAAGAAUCAUCUAGUUCAAUGUUGACAUGCAAAACAGGAACUGAUGAACCACCCAGUAUUCAAAGUAUUGAUGUUGACACAGAACAAAAAAAUUCAUCAACAAAUUCCCGUCAGGCAACAGGAAAUACUCUUCGUGAUCGAUGUUGGUAUGGACCAACUUGUUUCAGGAGGAAUCCCGAGCACAUGCAACAGUUCAGCCAUCCUGGAGACGCUGACUAUUUAAGCUACCCAAAUGAUCCCAGACCUGGUUGCAGCUAUGGGGCGGCCUGCUAUAGAAAAAGCUCGAAGCAUAGGAUUCAAUACAAGCACGAAAAGCCGCCCGCAAAGCGACCCUCAAGCGAUCGACAAAGGAGAGAUUAUUCGUCUAGCUAUGGGAGCUAUGCUACAUAUGAUGAAGACGAUGAUGACGAUGUCGCAGAUCCGUCUUACACUAGCGAGUCCGAAGGAGAUGAAUCUGAAGAAUCCGAUUAUACGAGUAAUACGGGUGACGAUAAUAAAAAUGGUAAAUAGUACAAACUGUCUUCGAGAUGAUUAAUAAUAUGCAUAGAA